UGAUUCAAGAGAAGAUUAAAGUUCUGGGGGAAGCUGGGCUUUCUGAGACCAAUUUCUCAGAAAUGACAGAAGCCACUGAUUACCUCUGCAAGGACCCAAAGCAGCAGAAGAUCUAUGACCUGUUCCAGAAGUCCUUUGAGGAGGAUGGAAGGGACCUGGAGCUGCUGGAGGCAGGAGAGUCCUUUGACCCAGGAAGUGGUUCCCAGGACAUGGGCGGCACCCUGGAGGAAAGCACACCGACAGCCAGUUCACCGAAGAAAAAGAGAUUUGAAUUUUUUGAUAACUGGGACAGCUUUACCUCUCCCCUGUAAAGGGGUCGGGGGAGUGUUUGAAAAUCACGGAGUUAAUUACAAUAAAGUGAGGUAUUUUGUUUAUAAA